AUGUCUAAGCUCUUCAUCCACGGCCUUUCUUGGCACACAAACGACGAAGCCCUGCGAGAAGGAUUCCAACAGUUCGGAGAGAUCCAAGAGGCUAUCGUUGUGAAAGACCGUGCGACCUUGCGCAGCCGUGGAUUCGGGUUUGUUCGAUUUGCCAAUGAGGCUGAUGCAGAGGCCGCAAUGAAUGCGAUGAACAACCAGGAAUUCGAUGGACGGACUAUUCGUGUCGACAAAGCCUUUGACCGGCCCCAACGCCCUGAAGGUGGCUUCCAGGGUCGUGGUGGGUACAAUUCGCAACCCCAAACUGGAUACCAGGGCGGCGGUGGCUACAAUGGUGGCGGGUACAACGGCGGCGGCGGAUAUAAUGGUGGUGGUUAUAACCGGGGAUACAACAACAACAACUAUCCCCCUAGUGGCCCCGCCGGAUACGGCGCGGGUGGUCACGGUGGAUACGGCGGCGGUCCCAACACUGGAUAUGGCGGCGGUGGUGGUGAGCAAUAA